AUCCCUCAGGGUGCUUAGUCAAGUAACCCAAUGACACAUGGCACAGCCUAGGGAAGCAGGGGCAUGACAGAGCUGGAGGUGGAGAAGCCCCUCCUAGUUGUUUGUAGGGGAUUGGGUAGCAAAAAGGAGCGGGCAAAGUGACGUAGGGCAGGAUAAAAGGGGGGGGACUGAGGUUGCCGCCCCCCACUCCAUUUUGUAGCAGCAAAGAAAGACUCUGCUUACCAUGGAGGUGAACCAGGAGCUGGCUGAUCUGGUCGGGAGAUUCCGAGACGCAGCUUCUCAGCAGGAUCCAGGAUGGCUACAGCAGCAGCUGAAGGAUCUUCUGGGGAGAGAGGAAUCCGCACGACCAGCCACCCGCCCAACCCGUCGAACAAGACCCCCAGCACGGCUAAGCCCACAGGACACUGGUGGAUUGAGGAGUCGAGCCAGGAGGAUCAGUGCCAGCCCAAGCAGGGGAGAACGGACGAUCCGAUCCGCUGUACCUGCUGCCAGGAUUAAGCCAACGGCAGCUAACACGCGUCGCAGGGGCCCAGGAAGCAGGCAAGUAACUAAGCCGGCAGACCACGUGACGCAGGCAGCAGGGAGAGGAAGGAGGGGUAGAAAGCCUGCUCCUCCGGCAGCAGCGUCUGCAUCAGUUACGGAGGACAGGCACAGGGCUGUCUCCCCCUCCUCUCCUCCAGGAACAAGUUCAGGCCCAUCACUCAGGCGUGUAUGCGCCCUCUCACCGCACGCAGCUUCUGCGGUGGAGGGAGGGGGGAGGGGGAAGGAGCCCGCUCCGCAAACAGCAGCAGCAAGGGAAGAGCAGGGAGUAGGGCUCUCCUCCUCCCCUCAUUCACAAAUCAUCACGGGCCCAGACAUUGUAGAGGGAUGGGACAGCCCCCAACACAUGGCAGGUGGGAGGAGGGGGGAAAAGCACGCUCCAAAAACGGCUGCAGCAACAGCAUUAAGGGAUGAUCAGCAUGGAGAGCUUUCCCCCUCCCCUCUUCCAGGAGCAGCCACAGCUGAUAUAGACAGCAGCCCCAGAGCACCAGUUCUCAUGGACGCAGACCGGGGGGAGCAGUCCAUUCCAUGUUCCCCCACACAUUCUAACCCCUCCCAGGCCUGUUCCACUCCCAGCCCUAGCACAUCAGCGAGGCGUCGGCUAAGCCGUGUUCGGCCAAGGACUUCACCACCAGUCAGGAAAAAUGAUUUUACCAGGCCAGUGAGGCCGGCAUCCAUGUCAACGGCUGGCCAGGCACAGGGUGGCAGAGUAAUCACAGCUCAGAUACACCACCGGGAGUCAGGAGAACGUAGGGUAGACACGCCAACAGGGAGGCGAGGUUGGCGUCAGGAACCAACUUCCGCAAGUAGAAGCACUGUAAGGGUGUCCAGACAUGGCAGGGAUCCCAUCACCCCCACAAGGGAAAGGUCACCGGCUCCCCGUAAUAGAAGCCGUUCAAGAAGCAGGGAUAAUAGCAGGAGAGUACGGCGGGAGCAUAGCCAUAGCUCUGUCAGGAGCAGCAGGAGGGACGUCACGGCUCAUGCUUAUUCGCAGGAAGCUCGAGUCCGUAGGUGGGAACGCAGUAGUAGGUCUCCAUCUAGGAGUUACUCGCACAGGGAGGGGCACUCUUGCUGUCAUUUUUCUUGCAGGAACAGCCCAAGAAUGUCUGAAAGGGAAGCAUCGCAAGCAAGGAGCGUAACGUCCAAGGAUGGGACAAGGAGGAGGCGGUCCACCAGCCAUGACAGAGUUCAACCGGUCACGAUUCGAAAGCAACCUCCCCCCAAGAGCAACAGGAUGUCGAGCAGCUUGACGGCCCAGGGUGCAGCCACGGCCAGUGGGCCUGGAGUGGGAGCGUUUUCGGGAGGCAGCGCCGGAAGCAGCACCGCGGCCAUGCCAAUUUCCACAGCAGCUUUGGCAGCUGGCGAGCGUAGACUGCUGGAGCUUGUAAAGGUUUCCUUAGCCAAGGCAACAUGGACUGCUUAUGGUAAGGCGUGGGAGGAAUGGAAUCAACUGACUGGCUGGGCUGGCGGUUUUACUACCAGGGAGGAUAGGCGCGCUGGUCUCAUUUGGUAUGUGGUCUGGCUCACAGAGCAGGGUAAGUCAGCAGCUUUUAUAGAUAAGCGCAUGGCAGGACUGGCGUUCCAGUUCAAACUGCGAGGCGAAGAGGACCUGACAAAAGAGUUCAUCAUCAGGCAAGCGCUAAAAGGGGUUAGAAAAAGUAGACACUCCAAAGAUACACGACGGCCCAUAUCAUUUCAACUGCUGGCACGGCUCCAGGGAGUCUUGGAUCAAUGCUGUUAUUCAGGUUAUGAGGUGCAAUUGUUUAGGGCAGCUUUUGCACUGGCAUUCUUCGGAGCCUUCAGGGUAGGCGAGUUAGUCAGUAAAAGCAAAACCUCACAAGGUGGCUUGUUGCUCCAAGAUGUGAAAGUGUUUCAAGAUAAAAUCACAAUCCGUUUGAGACAGUCCAAAACGGAUUCAUUGGGAAAAGGGAAGGAUAUUGUGUUGUUCAAAGUUGAUGGUGGGGCAACUUGCCCAGUUGGCUGUGUAAGUCGUUUUUUACAUUUGCGAGGAGUGUGUGGCAAAGUUUUUCUGCAGCAUGAGAAUGGGAUGCCAUUGACUCGUUUUCAGUUUAAUAACAUCUUAAAAAAAUCUUUAGAAAGUGUUGGAGUUAACCCAACGGAGUUUGGGACACAUUCAUUUCGCAUAGGGGCAGCAACUGAAGCAGCCGGUCUCGGUUUAGGAGAGCGGAUGGUCAUGAAAAUUGGGAGAUGGGAGUCCAAACGCUUCCUCAGCUAUAUACGGCCAGGCUUACUGGUCUAGGAGGUUCUACAUGGUUUUACACAGAGCAAGAAGAAUCAGGACACUACAAAAAAAAAAAAAAAAAAAAAUUUGUUGGUUUUUCUGUUCAUGUCACUCAUGGUUAUUUUGUUGUGUUUUCAGGUGGCAAAACCAUGGUAUGGUUGUUGGGACAUUCAUUCAUCAGUCGGGCCAGAAGGAGAGCCGCAGUUCUCAAAGGGAACGCAUUGCAGCUGGG